AUGGAGGCAUUCAGGCAAGGCAGCAUUCUCUUGUUGCUAUCUACAGAAGCUGCUGGAAUGGGAUGUGAUAUCAACAACGUCGACCGUAUCGUUCAGGUCAAGUGUCCCACUAGUAUUUCAUCCUUUGUGCAGCGUCUUGACCGUGUAGCUCGUGAUCCGAAACGUCAGGGACUCGGCAUUUUAUUGACACUACCG